AUGACGACUUACCCAGAAGAAAUCCAUUGGGAGUUUGAAGAAUACAACGGCACUGUCGGUGGUACAGAAACCUCGCCCUUUUUCAACGGGACUGGCCAGUCUUCGGUAGCAAUGACCGGAACCUUUGUUGGGAACAACUUGACCCAGGAAAAUUGGGUGGUGUUGGACGAGUUUGUUGGUGAACGAGAUGGAAACGACGAGACCAGGAGUGAGCUGGUUUCGCACAUUCAAAUUGGGCUGACCUCGGACACUUACUACCGCUUCGUAAUUGUGGACUAUGGGCCGGAUGGAGAUGGUACCGGUAUCUGCUGCGAAUAUGGCGCAAAAGGUUGGGUCACCAUCAAUGGAGGAAAUGGUGUCUUGUGGGCGCUGGCGGGAGACGAAAUCAGCUUGGAAACAACUGUCGCGACCUUUUAUGUUGAUGGCGAUGGUACUGUAUGGUCAGAGUGGUUGAAGAUCAGGAAGAAUUGA